AUGGAAAAGAAGGGAAAGGCAAUAGUAGGUGGAAUUUCAAUCAUCCUUGUGGUUGGAGCAGUAGUUGGUUGUGUAGCUGUUGUUUCACAUAAUCGCAGCAAAGGCAAGGAUAGGCUUUCGACGAGUUCCAAGGCCGUCAAUGCAAUGUGUGAACCAACUGAUUACAAGGAAGAAUGCAUUGACAGCCUGGCUGACGCUGCCAAGAAUCAAAGCGCCACCCCAAAAGAACUUAUCCGAGCUGCCAUUGAUUACACAAUCGAUAAGGUGAAAGCGGCAAUAGAGAAAUCAGAUAGCAUUAUCAAAGAAGCUAAAAAUGUCAGUUCCACUGGGAAAAUGGCCUUCAAGGAUUGCAAUGACUUGUUGGAAUCUUCAAUCGAAAGUCUUCAAUAUUCGCUUUUGACACUCGUUGAUACUGAAAUGCAAAACAUGAAUAAUAAAGAGGCUGAUCUUAAGAACUGGUUCAGUGCUGCGAUAUCAUUUCAGGAAUCAUGCAUUGAUGGGAUUCCAUACGAAGACCUUAAGAACCAAAUGAACGAGGCAAUGCUCCAUGCUUCACAACUGACCAGCAACGCCUUAGCAAUUGUGUCUUCCCUUGCUCCCAUCCUAGGCAAAUUCAAUAUCUCCAUGAAAACUGACAGUAAAAGUUCAACCAGUCGUCGUCUCCUGGAUGUAGAAAUGGAAACGGAUGAACAUGGCACUUUUCCAGCAUGGUUCCCAGCUGCAGAUAGGAAGCUAUUUGCACACCACAACGAGAACAAUAACAAUAGCAGCAACAACGACGUCGUCGACAACGACGACGACAACAACAACAACAACAACAACAACAACGGGAGAGUCGACAACGACGACAACAACAACAACGGGAGAGUCGACAACGUCGACAACAACAACAACAACGGGAGAGUUACACCCAACGCAGUAGUGGCAAAAGAUGGGAGUGGACAAUACAAAACAAUUGGUGAAGCUCUUGCUGCGUACCCAAAGGGAUUCCAGGGAAGAUAUGUUAUAUAUGUGAAAGCUGGGAUUUACAAUGAGUAUGUUACUGUGGCCAAGAAUCAGGUCAAUGUGUACAUGUAUGGAGAUGGACCCCGGAGGACCAUGAUCACAGGCAGUAAAAGCUUUGCUGAUGGCAUCACCACCCAGGACACUGCCACAUUCAUCGUAAUGGGGAAUGGGUUCAUUGGUAGAGCAAUGGGAUUUCAGAACACAGCCGGCCCCGAAAAGCAUCAGGCAGUGGCACUCCGAGUCCAGUCGGAAAUGUCAGCCUUCUUCAACUGCAGAAUGGACGCCUACCAAGACACAUUGUACGUGCAAGCAUAUCGCCAAUUUUAUCGCAACUGUGUCAUAUCCGGUACCGUUGACUUCAUUUUUGGUGACUCAUCAACAGUCAUCCAGAAUAGUUUACUCAUUGUGAGGAAGCCUAUGGACGGCCAAAAGAACAUUGUGACUGCUCAUGGAAGAAAAGAUAAGCGGGAAACCACCGGUCUGGUUAUCCAGAACUGCAGGAUAGUCCCAGAACAGGCUUUGUUCCCAAUGAGAUUCCAGAUUCAGUCAUACUUGGGGCGGCCGUGGAAGAUGUACUCGAGAACAGUUAUCAUGGAGUCCGAAUUUGGGGACUUUAUCCAACCAGCCGGUUGGCUAGAAUGGGAAGGGACUUUUGGACUAGACACACUGUAUUAUGCAGAGUAUGCAAAUCGGGGUCCGGGUGCUGUAACCACAGAAAGGGUAAAAUGGAAAGGAUACCAUGUGAUUACGGACAGAAAUGAGGCUCUUCAAUUCACUCCGGGUAAUUUUCUAACAGGAGACCAAUGGUUGAAAGACGCGGGUAUACCUUACUUCCUGGGUUUAAAAAACUAG